GUUGACAUUAUCUUUAUUGAAUGUAAGUCAAAGAUAAAAUGAUUAUGGGCAUUAGUGUAAGUGCCAUAGGAUUGUCAUCAAUUCAUGGAUGUUGCAGAAGAUACAAUAGUAUUGCUAUAAGUUUCAUAAUACAUGUACCUGCCUUGACCAUAAACAGUGUGAUGAAUAAAUGAAGUUAGAUCUUGGUGAUUGACAAGACUGAAACAUUUGAACAUUUGACCGAGCAUGCGUCCUACUUGUGUUUACUGACAAUCUAAAUUAUAUAUAUAUAUAUAACAUGCGUCAAUGGGGUUUAAAUGUGUCAAAUGAUAAUUUAAUUACGUGUGCCUAAGUACUGUCUAUCAGUUUUAAAGUUCUCAAAUAAAUGAUGAAUAGUUGGGAUAUGGACUCUUAUUUGUUUUAGAUAUUUAAAAAGUGUAAUUUACUGGGUGUUCAUGAAAGAAAUUAUUUUGUUGGAAUACAAUUCAGUGUGAAUUUUAAAAUGAAAGCUUUUUCAGAAUAAUGUUCCUGCAUAGUGUACUAGAUAAGUAACUGUGAAAAUUAUGAACAAUAAAUCAUGUGACAGUUAUUUUGCAGAUCAUGUGUGGAUAGAAAUGGCAUGAAAUAUUUUUGACCAAGAAAAUGAAAACAAUCAUUAAUAUUUUAACAAAACGGAAAAUACCAGAAAUGUGAAUAGUUGAUAAGUAUUGUGCCAGGAUGUGCAGAACUUGCCAUUUCAUGUGGAGUAUAUAGUUUGUGCAAUGGAUGAUAGUUAUUGUAUUAAAAAGCCUGGACUAAGAAUAAUGCCCAAUCCUUUAGGAGAAGGGGUGUUGCAUAUUCAGCCAGUGGAGUUCAUUGAGAAAAAUAAAGAGCGUGACCUUGAACUUGCAGCCAAGAUCGGCCAGACAUUACUAGAGAAGAACAAACACUUUGAGGAGAAGAAUGAGCAUCUGGAGGAGCUGGUGGCACAGGCUAACGAGCGCAUCAACCAACUCAGGCAUGACCUGUGCAUGAAGGAAGAGCUACUGCGGAUCUACUCGCAGACCUAUGACGGCGCGGAUGGCUCCUCCACGCCUGGCAGUUCCACCCCGGAGGAUGCCUGCCUCCCGGUGCUGCAGAAGAAGGUCAAGACACUCGAGGAGGAGAACCUGCAGCUCCAUCUCGAGACAACAAAGUUGAAAUCUGCAACAGACGGUUUGGAAGAUCGCGAACAUAAGCUGGUCUCCGACUGUGUCCAGCAGUUGGAGGAGGUUCACCAACAGCUGGCCCAGUUUGCCAAGGAGCUCACAGAGAAGACAGAGGAAUGUGCGGAACAGAAGGACGAGAUUUCAAACCUGCUACACCAGAUCAUAGCCCUGCAGAAACGCAUAAGAACUCUUACUGCUGAAAACAUGGAUCUGCAUAAAACCCUGGAGGCAGCACAUGAUUCCCAGAACUACCUCACAAGGGAGAUUGCGGACUUGAAGGAGAAGAAUGAAGAGUUAUUGGCCUUACUGGAAGAGACCCAGGAAGAACUUCGCAAGUUCAGAAGUCGUGAGCGUCCGUCUGUUGUGCGUAAUGGGUUCAUGUCAUCAUCGCUUCACAACUCUACAGGGGAAUCCCUGGCCUCUGAGCUCGAGAACUCCCUGCGUAGUGAGGUUGACUACCCCAAAGGGUACUCUCCCAUGGAGAGAAGGAAGCACACCUGGAAAGUAUUUGAGACGGCCAAGGCUGUGAGGUCGGCAUGCAGGCAGUCCUCUGCAAGUGCAAGCCUCCUAGGAGCCGAGGCUGAGGAUUCUCGCUCUGUGUCGAAUAGAAGCUCCAUGUACUUCAGUGACAACGAGUCUGGGGUCUCCGAUCUGCAUGCCAGUGACAUGGAGUCACUGCACGGUGGCAACAAGCGUCUGGGUGUCCCGGGUGGCAAUGAUCUGCAGAUGGCACUGAGGAGACUGUCGCUAAGGAGAGCUAACGAACUCAAUGAGAUAGAUUAUGCCAAACAACAGAAGGAACGAGAACAUUUGAGAGAAAGGGUGAACAGUGAUGUGAUGGAGAGGUCGGACACCGAGUCCACAACCCCAGGGCGCUGUCCCAGCCCCGACAGUCAGGUCUCAGCCAACAGUGGCUAUCUCUCCAUGACUGGCAGUGGCCACUACUACAAGAUGCCAGAGAAACUGCGCAUAGUGAAGCCCCUCGAAGGUUCUGUAACUCUCCGCAAGUGGCAGAUGUUGGCCACUCCACACCUGGGGGCAAUAUUCGAGUCGAGACCGGGCGUCCAGAUCAAGGGAGAGAAGAAGAUCCCCGAGUCUGAGCCUGAGGUCUACACACUCUCAGAUUAUGAGGAGGAUGAUGACCUUGGUGCUAUUCCCAAUCGGUUCCAAGAGAGCCAGGGUGUCUUCACUUUCACCGACUCGCGUGUCGCGCACCCUUCAGAGUCUUCCAGAGAGGAAAGUUAUGCAGGUUCCGAUACAGGGUCAAUCAGCACAGUUGUUGAUGAUGAUGAUAUUGAUGAUGACAUAGUGACCCCUUGCACAUCGUCCACAGCACCGAGAAUGGCGAUAUGCACGCAGACAGCUGCCAUGGGAACCAGCACCUACAGCAUGUCUCUGGGCCUGGCCUCCAUUCUCAACGAGCGAGACAUCAAACCUGACGAGGACCAUUCACGCAGCUCUUCACCGCUGCAUCGACCUGUCAGCUCGAAUCCCAGUCGAUUCCCCAGCAUUGUGUCUGACCGACAUUUCGUACCUGUGGGGAAUUUGACUCCCGCUACCACUUUGACCCUUACUACGAAUAACUACCGGUUGAUCCCGUCACCUUCAUCUUCGACCCCAAGGUCAAGUACAGGUCAAGGUGACAGGUCAUAUCUAGGUCAAGGUGGCAGGUCAUAUCUAGGUCAAGGUGACAGGUCAUAUCUAGGUCAAGGUCAUGAUAGUGGAACCAAUAUUGACCAGCAAUUAAAGAGUCUUAACAGCAUGAACUCAGCGAGUGUAAGUUCCAGUUCGAACACGUCUUCUUGGGUGUCAGCAAUAGCUGGUCACAUGCCAGGAUCAGUACAGGGCUUGGGGCGGGGGUUAAUGGUGGUCGGGCAGCCAUCGUCUUCGCCCGUAGUCUCAGGGGAAACUAAUCCCCCGGGGGUGAUUAACAAACUGAAAAACACUGGGUUUUCUCUGUAUGGCUUCAUUACUGGUGUAACGCCAAGCUGUAGUGAUAACGAUAAAACUGGAGGCACACACAACGCACAAAUCUCACAAAACUCGGACAAUCUCCGUCCCAAUUCUCUGUCCUUGCCGCAGUCGACCUCGUUGCCAAACUUGACCUUGUCAACCUCAAGUUCAUCGUGGUCCACUUCUGUUGCCAUGGCAGCAAGUGGGUCCGGCGCAACAAACAACUGCUCCUCGACGAGUUCGGUGCAGGAGAAGGGGAAGAAGUCGCAGCUAGGAUCGUUGUUAUCCUCGCGGACUGCUGGUGGAGUUUUAGGGGCCUUAGCAAAGUUGCACAGGGACUCAAGCUUGUAAAGAUCAGUUCAAACAAACUUAUUGCAACACGUGGGACUUGAGUCUGUGAAAUUUUCCUUAUGUUAAGACUGAUUUAACUAUUCACAUAGGACUCCAGUGUGUUAAAUGUCUACGUUUAAACCGAUUUGAAGCUUCACACAGGGCUUUGAAGGCCUUGUUCAGACAAAGAUGGAAUCUUUAGGCCUUAAUCUCUUACAGAAGUUCAGUCAUCAUUUGAAAUAGUUGUAUACAUUUAAAUCUUGCCAUGAACGAGUUGAACAGGGUUUUGAGUCUAUGAAAUGUAUUUUUCAGACUGAUUUAAUGUGAAA